AUGGCAGCUAGUCGUAAUCCUUUUCAAUCACUUAUUCGCGACCCUGACGAUGAUGAUGGCAGUUUAGAUUCUAUUUAUCUACAUAACGCAAGUUUUAAUGUCGACAGACCUUUGGUUAAUAGUGAUAUUGUAGCAAAUACCAAUGAUCCGGACGAUGAUUCAAUAGCUCAACAACAUCAAGAUAGACCUUUUUAUAGAAAUCUAAUGAAUGUUAUCGAUCCAUCAUUAGAACCUUGGAUUUUACAUAAUACAAGAGCACAACAAGAGAUCGAUUCUGACGCUGCUAUUGCAGUUCAACUCCAAGAACAAGAAUAUGGAAAGCUUAGCAUGACAUCAUUUCCACCCUAUUAUCAACAGAAUUCAAAUAAUACUAGUAAUUCAAUGAAUAGUUUAGUAGCUCGUGAUGCAGCAUAUGCAGCACAUUUACAAGCUGAAGAAAAUCAAAAACAACAGAAAAAACGUGAUCAGCAACGAGUAUCAAACUCAGCAACAAAUCAAAAUAAUCGGCCGAGUGCUGCUGCAACUUCACAGAUGCCAUCGUUUGUUACUCCUCCAAAUCCUUCUCCAACACCUGGUAGAAAUCAUAGUCGUUUUACUGAUAAUUUUGACUUGUUUACUCCGGUUCGUAUUUCUCAUUAUAAUGGAUCUCGGGGUGCUAAUCCUUUUCGUGGUAAUGGACGUGGGCGUGGACGUGGACGUGGGCUUGGACAUAUCGAAAAUCAUAAUAAUGAUUUCGGCCCUGAUGAUUACGAAAAUUUGCUUGAGUUAGAUCAAACAGACAAUAAAAUAGCGUUAACUAAUGACCAAAUUAAUCGAUUACCAACAGAAAGAUUUUGUCCUUUACCAAAUGCAAAUCCUGAAGAAAAUAAAUGUAGCAUUUGUAUGGAUAAUUAUGAAAAAAAUCAGACAUUACGACGUUUGCCAUGUCUUCAUCGAUAUCAUAAAGAUUGUAUAGAUAACUGGUUAAAAAAAUCCAAUUUGUGUCCCAUCUGUCGAACAGCAUCUCUUAAAUAA